AUGAGUGCUCACUAUCAAGCUAUUGGAGUGGUCUCUACAGAAUCAACAAGUUUAUUACCUUCAUCGCAUGAGACUCAAAAGAAAAAAGCUUCUCAAAGCCAGUUAUUAAGUUUGCUCCCAUCUUUGUUACUUGGAAUGACGAUCUGGUUUGGUGUUACAUCCAGUGACGGAUUGACAAUGACAGCAAUCCGUUUACUUGCUGUGUUUUCCAGAUACAAGAGAUUUAUGCUGAAGGAUAGUUGUAUUUUUGCAUUGAUUACCACCUCUGUGGAUACCUCGGUGCUUGUAUUAACUGCCUUGGUCUUAUUGACUGUUACACACUCUUUUCAAUGCGUAGAUCAUGCAACAGGUACAUCUGUAGAAUGCCGAUUAUGUGGUCAAUCAAACCCUUUAACGGAGAGCUUAUUUGAAUGCAACUCCGGCAAAGAGUCAUUUAAACAAGCACUCGAGGGAUUUUCAAGUUCUGUUGUCUGGCUUAUUUUUGCAGCAUUUCAUUUGGGUAAAGCAGUUCAAAUAACCCAAUUAGGUCGCCGUUUAUCUUUAUACAUGAUCAAGUUAUUUGGUAAACGCACAUUAGGGCUUGCUUAUGCUAUCGUUUUGUCAGAACUAUUGCUUGCUCCAUUUGUGCCAAGUAAUACAGCUCGUGGUGGCGGUAUUGUGUUGCCUGUUGUGCACUCCAUGGCUACUACUUUGGGAUCGACACCAGAUGUCAACCCUGAGAUAGGCAGUUUUUUGAUACUUGUAGGCAACCAUGCUAACUUGAUUUCUGCUUCUAUGUAUCUUACUGGUAUGGCAGCAAAUCCUAUUGUUAUCGCCAAGGCCAACCAGUUGUUUCCAGACAUCAAUUUUAAUUUUGUCAUCUGGUUGCAAGGAAGUAUUGUGCCUUCUUUCGUCUGUGCUCUCUGUGUUCCCAUCAUCAUUCGUUGGAGUCUAGGCCUUGCCACAGACACAUCUUCUUUAAAACAUACAAGAGGAUACGAUAGUGUGAUUGAACAUGCCCAGACAGAAUUGAACAAAAUGGGCCCUAUGUCUAUGAAAGAAUGGCAAUUGUGUUGUGUAUUAUUAGGUUGUUUGGGAAUGUGGGUUACCUCAAGCAUCACCCAUUUGGAUUCAACAUUGAUUGCCUUGCUGGGUAUUGUUGUUUUGUUACACAUGGGCACCAUGUCUUGGAAAGAUGUAUCCAGCAAUACAAACGCAUGGGAUACAUUGUUUUGGCUUGGUGGAUUUGUCACUAUCGCUCAGCAAUUUUCUGAUGCAGGUGCAUCUACCUUUUUAGGCCACAAGAUUUCAUUUGCUAUUCAACGUUUCCAUCUUUCACCUACACCAAGUUUAGCCAUUGCCUACUUUUUAACGACUUUCUUGUUCUCUUCGCUCAGUGCUCAUACGGUUGCUUUUGUGUCUACCUUUCUCGACGCAGGCCAUGCUUUAGGUGCUCACCCCAUGGUAUUGACAGCAUUGCUUUCUUAUUUCAGUACAUUAGGUGGCUGUAUGACUAACUUUUCAACGGGCAUGUCAGCCAUGUAUUAUGCACCUGGCUAUGUUCCUCGUAUCAAAUGGUUCAUGGUUGGCAUUCAACUCGCUGUAUUCUAUUUAUUUAUUUAUUUUACAAUUGGUAUAAGCUGGUGGUCCUUUUUAGGAUGGUUAAAAUAA